GCGAGCUGGAGGCGCGUGGGGCGGCUUCUCUGCGUCCUUCCUGUCUCCUUUGCAGCGGGCCGAGAUGGUUUUCCUCUCUCCGUCGCUUUGGAUCCGAUCCCGCUUGACCGAUCGCUUCUGGAGGAAGCAGGAGGUGCUGCAGUAUGCACGGCACUUCCGUGGGCGGAAGAACCGUUGCUACAGCUUGGCUGUCCGAGUGGUCCGGCGGGCCUUUGUAUAUGCUACAAAUGCCAGAUCCCUGCGAAAGAGAGACAUGAGAACGCUGUGGAUUACAAGGAUCACAGCAGGUGCUCUUGAGCAUCAUGUGAAGUAUCACAAUUUCAUUGGAAAUCUUUAUAAGUGUCGGGUGGAAUUGAACAGGAAAGUCCUGGCUGACCUGGCGAUCUAUGAGCCAAAGACAUUCAAGUCCCUGGCAGCAUUAACCAAAAGGAGAGGAGAAGAAGGCCUGCUUGCUGCUCGGGAAGGUGGAAAAGAACCGGAGGGAAUAUUUUCACGCAUCGUGCACUAUUCCUGAAGCUGUGGGUGUUGUGGCUCGCUUGCUAAGCUGCUCUGAAAUUAAAAAGGGACACCGAUUUUGCAAAAGUUGGCUCAGUUUGUGAAGUGAAGCAAGUUGGAACUGAGACUUGGAGGGUGGGGGGAACUGUCCUUUCCUACUUUGAAGAUUAUAACUCAGUCUACAGAAAUAUUUGUAUAGGUACCAACUUAGCAACUAUAAUUUAAAGGGGCCAUAUUUUCAACAGGUAGGGCAGGAGAGCCAGAAACAUUGUCUCCGCGUACAGGCAAAGGACUCUUCUCUCAUAAUGUGAACAGCAGCAGUGGCCCUUCGGCUACCUCAGUUUGGGCACCACCUCCCUCUUGUUUAAGAUUUAAAAGCUAAAGCCUCCCUUAUCAGUUGGAGAAGAAAAAGUGGUUAUGGAGCCCUUUCUCUACUUCACAGAUUAAGAGAAAACAGCUGAAGUACCUCCAAGGCUAUGCUGGGAAAGCCUUUUGAGGGCACAUUUGGUCCUCCAGGUUCAAGGAGAUGUUUUGUCUCAAGUCUCUUUCCAAUAUAUAUUAUUUUAAAUAAAAGGAUUGUUGAAAUUG